AAGUAGUAAUGCUUUGAUUGGGUGCUAUGUUUAAAGAAAUUUUUAAACUUUUACACGAUAUCCGUAAAUAUGAUGCAAUAAAAUUUUACUUAUGAAAUAUAUUGCUAACAUUGCAAUAAGUGGGCAACAAAUACUGAAAUUAUCUUGUAUCUUUUAUUUAAAAUAAAUUGCACAGGAAGUUGAAUGAGUAUGUACCAAGGAAGCAAACGCGGGAACUCAAUUUAUGAAUUAUUUUGUAAAAAAUAUUGAUUUUACACAAUAAUUUCGGUUUCAUUAAAUAAUGUAAAUAUUAUAUGUUUGUAAUACGUAAUUAACAAUGUAUAAAUUGAACAUCAUAAUACAGUGUAAUGGCUAAAAUAUGAUGUAAAUUAAUUCAAACAUUUGGCCUCCAACGGAAUCGUUCGAAUUCGAAUCUAUCUUCCAGAACAGUCACUGUCAAUGUUAUUGCUCCAAGACUCCAAUCGUUCUGAUUGACUGGAUUGACCUUACUACUGCUGGAGAGUUAGAUAACUGUUUUUGAGUUGUUUUAAAAUUAUUCUGUUCCAGAUAAGUACUACUUAAAAUGAGCGAACCAAUAAAUGUGGUGGUUACUGGGGCUGCAGGGCAAAUUGCCUAUUCUCUAUUGUACCAGCUUGCUGCUGGCUCAGUUUUUGGUCCAGAUCAACCAAUUAAUCUUCGUUUAUUAGAUAUUCCAGUCAUGAUGAAAGUAUUAGAGGGAGUAGUUAUGGAACUACAAGAUUUAGCUCUUCCACUUUUAAGGGAAAUUACUCCAACAGCUGAUCCAGCUGCAGCUUUUAAAGAUGUAGCUGCAGCUUUUCUUGUUGGAGCAAUGCCCCGAAAAGAAGGUAUGGAACGAAAAGACCUUUUAGCAGCUAAUGCAGAAAUUUUCAAAGUGCAAGGAGAAGCAUUAAAUAAAUAUGCUAAAAAAGAUGUUAAGAUCUUGGUUGUUGGCAAUCCUGCUAAUACAAAUGCUUUAAUCUGCUCUCAUUAUGCACCAUCUAUCCCAAAACAAAAUUUUACUGCAAUGACUAGAUUAGAUCAAAAUCGUGCACAAGCAGCUUUAGCUGCACGAUUGGGUGUUCAAGUUGAUAAAGUAAAAAAUACAAUUAUUUGGGGUAAUCACAGUUCAACUCAAUAUCCUGAUGCUUCCCAUGCUACUGCAACCCUUAAAUCUGGAACUGUACCAGUACCUAAAGCUAUAAACAAUGACAACUGGUUAAAUACCACCUUUGUGGAAACAAUUCAGAAACGUGGUGCAGCUGUAAUUGCUGCUAGAAAAAUGUCAUCUGCAAUGUCUGCUGCCAAAGCAGCUGGAGAUCACAUGAGAGAUUGGUGGGUUGGUACUAAGCCAGGUGAAUGGGUUAGCAUGGGUGUGCUGUCUGAUGGUAGUUAUGGAAUUCCAAAGGAUUUGGUAUUCUCAUUCCCAGUCACUAUACAAAACGGACAGUACCAAAUUGUUCAGGGACUUCCGAUUAGUGAUUCUGCUAGAUCAAAGUUAAAUAUCACAUCUAAAGAGUUGGAAGAGGAACGUACAGAAGCAAACAAAGUUCUGCAAAGCAAGUGACUAAAAUCAACAGAUCAUUCUGAAAGCGGCUCACCUGUUUCAGCAAAAUUAUGAAGAAAUUGAUAUUAAAAUUUUGCCAAAUAUAUAAAUCGUGAUACAUGAUACAUAGACUGUGGUGGCUUUAUGGAACAUUCUAAUAUAUAUAUAAUAUAUUAAUGAUAUAUGUACAUAUAUGUAUUGAUUAUAUGUAUGUUAUAUGGGAUCUAAUGAAGUGCGUAUCUUUUCUAAAUGGCACAUGAAUUGUUAAUUAUAUACAUUUAUAUUCAUAGACUGUAUAAAACAUGUAACAAAUUAUAUUGAAAACCAUGUUGUACUUUA